GUCGAAAGUCGUUGGACGGCCUGGCUGAAGAGCCGGAAGACCCAAUCAAGGCUACUCCCACAGCUGGAGUGGGAGGCACAUAUUUGUGAAUAUGUGUCUUUUGUCGCCGAGUGUACGCGGCCGUCAAAGCCUGGUGCCGCCGCACACCCCCUCCGUGUCGACGUACCCUUUCUCGGCCCCCGGUUUGUACCGCCACACUAUCUGCAUAUUCAGAGACGUCUCGUUACGGCGGAUAUCACACCAGACCUCACAUACCUCAAACCUCUGAACGUUGUUCACCCCUUCUACUACCCCGAGCUCGCGCGGUGCCCACAG